AUAUUAAUAGAUCAACGCCUGCUGCUUAUCAUAUUUUUUGCGCAGCCAUGAAAAAUAUAUAGACGGCCGAAAUAGCCAACAAUGGAAGGCGACCCGAAAGGCAGCUCCAAGGACAAACCCAUGGAGAAGGACUCACAGGAAGUCCGUUACCGAGGCGUCCGCAAGCGGCCCUGGGGUAAGUUUGCGGCGGAGAUUCGGGACUCAGCCAGACAGGGGGCCCGUGUUUGGCUCGGGACUUUCAACACUGCCGAGGAGGCUGCCAGAGCUUAUGAUCGGGCUGCCUAUGCAAUGAGGGGGCACAUGGCAAUCCUCAACUUCCCCGAGGAAUACCCAUCUGCGGGUACUGGUGAGUCUGCCGGGGCUUCCUCAUCUUCAGUUGAUCGUGGGAAACAAGUGUUCGAAUUCGAGUACUAUGAUGAUAAGUUGUUGGAGGAACUUCUGGAGAGUGAAGAAAAGAAAAACAACAAAAAAUGAUAGAGGGAAAGUUCAAUGUCUCAUCUUCUUGUUCAUGGUUUUUUUUUUUUCGAGUUUUUGGUUAUAAGGGAAUACCGAACUCGAGAAGUUCCCUCUCUCACUUUAUCCGAAAGAACAAGGGAAAAACCCUUACAAAACCGAACCUUCAUCUACUACUUAUGUUGUAGUUAUGCUGAUCUGGUGACAAUUCUUCAGGAGUACUGUAAUUGCACCAGCAAAUGGGUGAAAAACUGUAUUAUGUUUCUAGUAAGGUUUGAAUGGUAAAGUCUCAUCCUA